GACCGUAUUUGCAGCAGCAGGGGUAAUCCCUGCGGUACUGCAUGUUCAUGGAGGCCGCAGGAAGAUGUAUGUAUGUAUGCAUGCAUGUAUGUGUGUAUGUAUAUCAUCCGGUUCCAUCACAGUCAGUUGGCACAGUCGUGGUUGUUGCGGCGGUCUGGUUGGAUGGUGUAUGGAUGAUCUAGGGGUUGCUUGUGGGCUCGACGUGCCUGGCUCGACUAUUUGCUUCCCAUCAGAUUCAUCUUCACGGAGUCAUGCGCGCCUGUCUGAAGGCUCCGUCAGUGUCUGGAUGGUCACUCGUGUGGUUAGCUUGAGUACGUGCAGACACGCUGUGUAGAUUCAAUCCGCAGCAGAAUGUCAACCUGAUGAAGACAUGGCUCCGUCACCAGCCGAGCUGAGAGCUAGAACCACAUGGCA